CCCAGGCGGGGGGUGCUGGGGCGGGUGUGGGGCGACCCAUGGGUCAGGAGGAGUCGUCGUGCGCGGUGGGUAGUGGUCCGGAGGGGACGUCGCUCCCCCCCCCUCCGCCCCCGGGUGCUGCUGGCGGCCUGAGUGGCGAGCUGCCUGACGCGGGGGGCUGCCGGUGGCACGAGGUGCACGUGAAGCCGUGCUUCGACCCCAUGAGCAGCGAGCCGCUCAUCAUGGUGAUCCAGACGGACGUCACCAGCAAGGUCCGCGCCGAGGAGGUGCUGGCCCGGGUGCUGGAGGCGGAGCACCGGCUGCUGGCCGACAUCUUCCCGACCCACGUGGUGGCGGCCAUGACGCAGCGGCGGCAGCACGAGGCGGAGAGGGAGCGGAACGGGCUGAGGCUGCUCAAGCACAUACAGGACCCGGCGGUGGUGGCGACGGCGCACGAGAGCGUCACCGUCCUCUUCUCAGACAUCAAGGGCUUCACCGAGAUGUGCAAGCAGGUGCCGCCUGCCGCCGUCAUGACCUUCCUCAACGACCUGUACACGCGCUUCGACAGUCUGACUGACGUGUACGGCGUGUACAAGGUGGAGACCAUCGGCGACUGCUACAUGGUGGCGGGGGGGCUCAUGGAGCGGGACGAGGAGGGGUACGGGCGGGCGGUGCGCGGGCAGGGCAACUCGGACCCGCUGCACGCCAUGCGGGUGGUUGACUUUGCAAGGGCCAUGCUGGAGGAGGCGGCCAAGGUGGCGCUGCCGAGCACCGGGGAGCCUGUGCAGGUCCGUGUGGGGCUGCACAGCGGCUCGGUGAUGAGCGGAGUGGUGGGGACCAAGAUGCCUCGGUUCUGCCUCUUUGGUGACACCAUCAACACGGCCAGCCGCAUGGAGAGCACGGGCCGGCCGGGCGCCAUCCACAUCUCCGCCGCCACCCGGCGCCUGCUGCCGCCCGAGGAGGACGAGGAGGGCUGGGCGGCCAGCGGGGGGGUGGAGGUGAAGGGCAAGGGGCGCAUGGAGACGUUCGUCUGGUCCGCCCAGUCCCCCGGAGCGGGUCGGCAGCGGCGCGGCAAGCAGCAGCGCGCCAUGCUGCUGGCCACCCUGGGCGCACUGCCGCCCCUGGAGCAGCCGGGCAGCUCCGCAGCGGGGCCCAGGCAGCCCAGGGCGGCGGCGGCGGGGGGCCAGUCGGGUUCCGGAGCCGCCGGAGCCGCCACCUGCUCGCCCACCGGCGGGGGAGCCAGCAUGUCCAGUCCCUUCAAUGCGAUAGCCACCGUGUGCUGAGGGGGGGGGGGUAGGUGCAGCGGCCGCCCAGCUGCCUUGCAGGGUAUGGGGGUGGCGGUGGGUGAAGUACAAGCGGAAGAAGACGUGAAGCCCGGGAGUUCCAUCCCGGCUCAUGCGUAACGAUGGUGGGAAUGGGGUGCUGUGUGGCUGCAGCUGUGGGGGUACAGCUGUGGGGGUACAGCAUCAGGGGGCGGCUUGAGGCGGGCGGGCGGGCGGGUGGGUGGGUGGGUGAAGAAGCAAGCAACUGCGAUGCCUGGUGCUGGCCGGGGAGCCAACCACCCCCGAGCAGGAGGCAACCUAGCACUGGGGUGGGAUGGGUCGGGGGUUGGGUAAGUGCGUCGAAGCAAACUUUCAAAGCAAUGUUGGUGGGAGCGCUGUCGUCCGUGUGGCGGGGCGAGAUGCAUGCUGUGUGGGGCUGUCACGUGUGCAUGUGUUCAUGAGCUUAGUGGCGCAGAUGGGGG